AUGGGACGGAGUCGCAGUCGAUCAUGCUCCUCUAGGAGUGGCUCCAGGUCCAUGAGCCUAUCUAAUUCAAUUAGGAGUAGGAGUUAUAGUUACUACAGUAGAAGGGAUGGUUCUAGAAGCUAUUCAAGCUCUGAAAGUAUAAGCACGUCUAGGUCCAGGGGCAAAUACUCCAGACCAUAUAGUAGAUCUAGAUCUUCCUCAUAUAGACCUAGAAGAAGGUCCCCUCGACAUAAGUCUAAGUAUUACGACCAUAAGUCUAGAAGACAAAUCAACGGUAGGGGUGCCCAUGGUCGUAGAAAUGUGCGUGUAAAUGGGCAAACUAGGAUUGACAAUAAUUUUAAUAGAAGCAGAAAUGAUCAACCAAAGAUAUAUAGAGGUGGCAAAUACACUCCUAACAAUAAUUACAAUGGGAAACGUACAUUGUCUGUUAAAGAAACUAAAAUUGCCGAAAAUAAAUAUAAUUCUCCACCAUUUCUGCUAAAAAUUUACUCUCAAAUUGGCAAAACAUUUACGUUGGAAGAACUAACCAAUCUGGAGCAACUUGAAAAAUAUAUGUCAUGUAUUCAUAUAUUUGGAGGCACUAAUUUCAGAGAUUUGGUCAAUUUGUUGAAAGGUGAAAAACCUGAAUAUCGCUCUAUGAAAGGAAUUUGGGAAUUUUAUAAAUUUUGCUCUGGUAAACUUGUUAAUCUAUCCAAAGUACACUCUGUUAGACUACAUCAAAAGAUUGACUUCAAAAGUUUUAAAGAUAUAGGCUUAUCAAUUGGAGAGCCCUUGUUUGUAAUGAUAGAGGAUAAGACUACGGCUAAUGAUGCUUCGCCUGUGCAAGAAAGUGAUUGGCUAGAUUGA